GGGGGAUGAUGAUUGCCGCACAUUACGAUAAUAUGUGCUAACCUUGACAGCUAUUGUAUUUAGUUAUUUCUUCUUGAAGGUUGAAACAGUUUCGAAGCAUCAUUUUGGUCAGCGAGUUCUUGUGUGUUUGGUAUUUUAGUAAUGGCGUUGAUGGAAAUUUUUAGCGGACCUCUGUUUGCUACAUUUUUAAUAGGAGUAUCCACUUUCCUCUUGGCUUUAUGGUAUUCCAUGAAAAAGCAAUCUUAUUGGAAAGAGAGAAAUGUGCCCUAUGUCAAACCACUUCCAUUCCUAGGAUCUCUCUUGGACAAUGUCACAAUGACUUUUCAAGAUCAGGACUACAAAAGAUAUAAUACUUUGGGUCCGAUUUAUGGUGUUUAUGAGGUGAACAGCCCUACCCUGUCAGUAGCAGAUCCAAAACUUCUCAGAGACAUACUUGUCAAAGAUUUUGCUAAUUUCCCGAACAGAAGAUCUUUCAUAACUGGUAACAAAAUCGGAGACAAUAUGCUUCCAAGUCUAGAGGGUGAAGAUUGGAAGAGAGUAAGGACCAUCAUUACUCCAACAUUCACAACUGGUAAACUUAAAAGGCUCAUGAGUAUAUUCAAAGACUGUGCCAAAACAUUAUCUCAAAAUUUCAAAAUGUCUGAAAUGAAAAAGGAACCCAUCGAUGCCAAGAGGUUGUUUGGAGCUUUCACUAUGGACGUGAUUGCUAGUUCUGCCUUUUCGACCAAAUUAGAUUCUCAUAACGAUCCAGAAAAUACAUUUGUUCGAUAUGCAAGAGCAGCUUUUAGUACUAAGAUCAGUUGGAGAAUGCUUCUUUUUCUGCUUGCACCCAAAUUAAUGAGCUUCUUUAAGAUGUCAGUUUCCAAUCCAACCGUCACAAACUUCUUCAGCGAAGUGACUGCGCAGAUUAUAGCUGAAAGAAAAAGGACAAAACAAACCAGAAAUGAUUUUCUUCAACUGUUGAUGGACACGGCUGAGGAGACUUAUAAGAGUGAGAAAAAGGAUGACGUGGAUGAUGAUGACAUUGCUGCAAAGUAUGGACAAGAUUUCGUCAACCAAACCAUUUUUAAUACAUCGGAAAAUAAAAACCUCUCGACAGAUGAGUUGGUGGCCCAGUGUGUCAUUUUCUUUUUGGCUGGUUACGAAACCACAGCAACAUUAUUAACUUACGUCCUGUACUGCCUGGCUCUGAAUGGGGACAUUCAGGAAAAAUCUUACCAGGAAAUAACACAAUGCUUAAAAGAGACAAAUGGUGAAUUGACCUACGAAGCUUUACACAACAUGAAAUAUUUAGAUAACAUCAUUUCAGAGACUUUAAGACUCUAUCCGCCAGGAGUGAGAGCUGAACGAAAGGUUGCAUCAGAAUAUAAAUUGGGCGACACUGGUAUUACUUUGGAAAAAGACAUUAUUGUUAGCGUUCCUAUAUUUGCUAUCCACCGAGAUCCAAAAUAUUAUCCAAAUCCUGAGAAAUUCGAUCCAGAUAGGUAACCAUUUUAAU